CGAAGAAAAGGUAGCAAAGCUCGGCUCGAGCAAGCCUCUUCGUAUCCAAAAACCAAAAAAUAAAUUAAUUCGGAAAAGUAACUCCCUUGGUAAUAAUAAUAUAAUGCAAAGAUAAAUAAAUAAAAACCCUUUUAUUGUCGGAUCUCCCCAUCUCGCUUUUAUCCUCUCUUUAGGGUUUUGCUUCUUCUACGUUCUCCUUUCAGAUAUCACUGAUCAUACCUGUUUAUUGUCACAAAAUUCCAAGUUUUUAUUCAUUGGUGCAAAUCUUCAAUGGGGGACGCAGAAAACCUUCCUCCUUCAAAGAAGAGGGCUGCAGCAAGGGAACUCUCUCGAGAUAACCCUGGUUUUGAUGAUGAUGAUGAAGGUACUGAAGAAGAAAGUGGAACAUUCAAGAGGGCCAGUGAUGAAGUGCUUGCAAACAGAAGAAUAGUCAAAGUUCGUCGUAGUACAACAUCUACUCCUACGUCCAAUCCUUUUGCUGCUAUCAAGUUAAUGGCCCCAACUGAUGCUAGUGCAACAGUUACUGCUGUUGCAACUGGAGUGCCAACUUCUGUUGAGAAGAAGGUUUCAGAUGGUAGCAAAAAUGAUGCUGAUAAUGAAAUUGAGAAGGGGGAAGAAGAGAGUAGUAAGCCAUCUGAGAACAAAAUUGAUGAACCUGUGGCUGAAGCAUCUUCUAACAAUGAAGCUGAAAAGGGUAAAGACGGGAGUAGUAAGCAGUCUGAGAGCAAGAUUGAUGAGCCAGUGGCUGAAGCAUCUCCCGCUAAUGAAGUGGAAAAGGAUAAAGAUCAGGGUACUGAGUGGCCAGAAAGCAAGAUUGAUGAGCAAUCAUCUGAGGCGGCUGCUGGCAAGGAGAGUACUGAGGCUACGCAGGAAGGGGCUAUUGUCAGUGAGGCAGGCAAAUCUGAGGUUAAUAAUGGAAAGGCAGCUGGUGCAGAGAAGACCAAGAAUGAAGAUGAGAAAGAUAGCAGUCGCGAAAAUGUAGAUUCAGGUUCACUCAGUUCAUUUGGUCAGCUUUCAAGUAGUCAAAAUGCCUUCACAGGACUUGCUGGAACUGGGUUUUCCACUUCAACAUUCUCCUUUGGGUCGAUUCCAAAGGAUGGAUCUGCUUUUAGUUCUGGCUCUAAUUCUGUUUUUGGACAACUUAACAAUGGAAAUUCUUCUCUCUUCAACACAUCUGGGGCUUCUGUUAUUUCAAAGAGUGAGGGGCUUGGCUUCCCAUCAAUGCAUGAAGUAGUUGUUGAGACAGGAGAAGAGAAUGAGACUGUGGUUUUCUCUGCUGAUUCAGUGCUUUUUGAGUUUUUUGAUGGAGCAUGGAGGGAGCGUGGGAAGGGAGAAAUUAAGGUGAAUAUCUCCACAACUGUAGCAGGAAGAGCUAGGCUUCUCAUGCGAACCAGGGGAAAUUACAGGUUGAUCUUGAAUGCUAGCCUUUAUCCUGAUAUGAAGCUCACAAAUAUGGAUAAAAAAGGCAUCACUUUUGCCUGCAUAAAUAGUGCUGGUGAAGGGAAGGAUGGUCUUUCUACAUUUGCAUUGAAGUUCAAGGAUGGUUCCAUUGUGGAAGAGUUUCGGGCAGCUGUUAUGGCACAUAACGGAAAAACACCAACAGCGGUUUUGAAAACACCAGAAAAUUCCCCCAAAGCUUCAGAUGAUUGAAGGCUGUCCUACUUUGACACAUAAUUUGCUUGGGAUCAUCGCAUCACACUUGUCUACUGUCCUCUUUCUUUUGUGGAGAAAAAGGAAUCAUGUUCAGAGUCUGGUCAUUCUUAAAACCUUAUGUAGUGAAGAGUUAAAAGAGUCUUAAUCUUUUUUGUUGUUAAAAGUAAGUCUAGUCUGCGGGAGAGUAUUUUUCAACCUUUUAUGGGGCAAACUGCAUAUUUUAAUUCUAUAAGAACAUGAAAUGGUUGACAGUUCUAUAGUUGUUCCCACGAGCUGGAUUAUACAUUAAUGCCAUGUCGCAUGUUUGGUA